AUGUUGUGGGAGAGGCAGGGUUUCGGUGAGGGCGCUGCGGAGGGCCAGUUAGAAAAACUGAAGGCGAAGCUAGGGAAGCUGGAGGAGGAAAAUGCGAGGCUGAAGAAAGGCAGUAAGAAAGGGAAGAAGGGGGAGGUCGGUGGCGAAGGGGAAGAUGAUGAAGAGGACGAGGAAGAGCCGGAAGAAACACUCGACCUUGACCAAGAGCUGCUGCCGUACGCGCGAGGGUCGAAGCAGAAAGUGCUGAGGGCCGCCGGAGUGUUGAACUUCAAGAAGGCGCACGUGGACGGGAAGAUCAAAGGGCUGCAGCUCGAGGGGGAAAAAGCGGGGAAGGCUGAGGAGUUAGGCAAAAAGCUUCAAGAGAAGUUCAAAAGCUGGGCAAAAAGCCACAUCGAAGAGGCUACGUUGCACGACCGGGUGGAGGAGCUGCUGGUGGAGUGGGGGGUACCUCCCAAGACGUUCGGGGGGAACGGAAAGGCUGAUUAUGGACACAUGCUGCGCCUGCUGGCCGCGGCCGUAGUGUGCGCGGAGUGA